UCACAACCCCAAACUAGCAGAGAAUUCAUGUCGUCUUCAUCGUCUCUUACUUUCGCCGUGAGAAGGCAAGAGCCACGACUGGUUGUGCCGGCAAAGCUGACGCCAUGUGAACUCAAACCACUCUCCGAUAUUGACGACCAGCAAGGACUCCGGUUUCAUGUUCCCGCGAUAAUGUUUUACGGAAAAAAUCCUUCCAAGGAAGGACAGGAUCCCCUCAAGAUCAUCGAAGCAGCACUCGCCGAAACCCUGGUUUUCUACUACCCGUUUGCCGGAAGGCUUAUCGAAGCCAGCAACCGGAAACUCAUGGUGGCCUGCACCGGCGAAGGGGUUUUGUUCGUAGAGGCGGACGCCGAUAUCGAGCUCGAGCAGGUCAGCGACCCGCUUCGGCUGGGGUUUCCGUACACGGCGAAGCUUCUGCAAGAUGUUCCCGGCUCCGAUGGAAUCGUCGGUUGCCCUCUCAUUCUCAUUCAGGUGACUCGUUUCCAAUGCGGCGGCUUCGCCUUUGCAGCUCGCAUAAACCACACCAUGAGCGAUGGCUCAGGGAUAUGCCAGUUCCUGAACGCCAUUGCCGAGUUUGCUCAAGGGAAAGCAAGCUCGCCUUCUGUUACUCCUGUUUGGCAAAGGAAGCUUCUAUUUGCGAGAAACCCUCCUCGUGUCACUUGCUUGCACAACGAAUACGAGCCAGAGCUCGACCUCGAAGGCCAAUCCGACGGUGAUGGCAACGCAACUAUGAUCAACCGAUGUUUCUUCUUCGGUCCUAAAGAGAUGGGGGCCCAUCGGAGCCAUCUUCCCCCGCAGAAAAGGACCAGAUGCACUAGGUUCUUGAAAAAACAAAGAAAAAAUCAAAGAAAAAAACAAGCAAAUGUUAUUGAAAAAUCAAAACUCCUCCUUAUGUAAAUUAUUUAUUUCUCUUCCAACUUUCAUACCCUUUUUUAUAUUAUUUAAAAUUUAAAAUAUAUGUGAAAAUAUAAUAAUUUUAUAUAAUCUAAGUAAAUUGAUGAGGCACCCUUUAAACUUCGGUCAAUUGGACACCCAACACUCCCUACCUAAAUUUUAAAAUCACCCAUUC